AUGAGCAUAUUAAUAAUCAUUUCAUUAUUAAUAAUUUCCCAAAAUGUUUACGCGCGUCGCUUGAAACGUUGUGAAUUAGCUGGGGAGUUGUACAUAUUGGAUGUGCCUAAGGCGGAACUACCACUUUGGAUUUGUAUUGCGGAAUAUGAAAGUCGUUUCAAUACACAUGUUAUUGGUAGACGUAAUGAUGACGGAUCUAGCGAUUAUGGUUUAUUUCAAAUCAGCGAUAAAUUUUGGUGUAAUCCAGCAAAUGAUACGGAAUACUAUGUGUUCAAUGAAUGCAAUGUCAAUUGUACUGAACUAAUCACAGAUGACAUUACUAAAGCGGUUAUAUGUGCACGUACGAUACUUAAGCAGCAAGGUUGGUCAGCAUGGACCGUUUACGAAGAAUUCUGUAAUACAACAUUAACAGACGCAGAUGCUUGUUUUGAAUAACAUUUUCAAUUGUCCUAAAAACUUGAUUAUGAUCGUUUAUUAAUGUUUCGA